GAUAAAAUGUCCAUAUGCCGCCAUUGCCGGCCGCCCUCCCGCUGUUACUGUCAGCUGGCACCCUUGCCAUUGGCCCUGCCUCAGCCUUUCCGCAGGCUGGGCCUUGGAACUUGAAACUUCACUGCAAGGCUCUUCAAUCUGGCACUCGGUCGCGUUUUAGGGCUUACGGGGUAGCAAGCAGCUAGGGGACAGGAGGCCUGACAUUGUCCUUCAAGUUCUUGACUCUUGAGCACGUCUGCUGCCCAGAGCAUCUCAUGCAGGCCUUUCAGAAUGGAUCCUGGAGGAACUCAGCAUACAGAGACAGCUCUGAAGCAGCAUUGGAAAGGGCUCAAGAUCAAAAGCAAUAAGUACCCAAACCUUCUCCGCAGAAACGUACCCACAAAAGGGCAGAAUCUGUCUAUCCCAGAGUUUGGAACAGCUCUUCUACAGUAUGCUGAGGAGAAGGAGAUUGCGUCAUGGGCUGAGCUGAUCACGCUUAACAACUUUGACCCAUGGUCGGAGUUGUCGGACAGACUUUUCAGAUCUGCAAAGCAUGGAGCUGUCUUGAAAAAGCUCGCCCACCUUGACAAUGCACACUUUGAAUCCUUCUUAAAUGAGCAGUUGCAGAAGCGAGAACGGCGGGAAGUGCCCAGAUCAGAACAUCGAUCACCCGAUGCCACAAAGAGCAAUCAUCCUCCCGAUCUCCACCCAAGUGGUCAUGCCCAGCGUUCGGUGUCAACUGAGAGACCGGCUCCUUUCGCACAAGCAUGGGGUUCUGGAGAACACGCCAGGAUCCCAAAAGCCAAGACUAAUGUUGAUGUGGAUACUGAGGGAUCCAAAGAAGGUGACUCGAACCCCUCGAAUGCCGCAGGACAGGACAAGGGCGCGAAAGGUCGUACGAGAUCUGAGUUCGUGGCUUCGGAGGGUGCAUCCACGAGGCGGUCGCCGCACAGCAAUAGGAGAGGGACCAGCAGCUCUGGAGGUACCCAACCGCCUGCGCAGUCGCCAAUUGGGACCCCCGCCGGGCGCCAUGUGCCAGACCAUGCAGCUGACCUCCCCGAAACCCCCGUCCAUAGAGCCCGAUCAGAGACUCAGGCUUCGCCGAUCGAGACUGCAGAAGAAGGGCCUCCUAUCGGUAAGGCAACACGCGCGGAGCAUCCGGCACUGCAUUCGACUCCACGCUCUGUUAGAAAAGCCCCAGGCAGCAACCGUAAAGCUGCCUCCGAUGACUUCGUGAACAGCCCGAGCCGAAACACGCGCUCUCAAGCCACACCCAGCAAACAUGAUUCGUCAGGAGCCCGAGGCAAGCGAGCACACGAGGAGGCGUUUCCCGAAAGCAAGAGCGGGCAGCCUGAAAAGAAGGCUCCCGUCAACCCCUGCCCCCGCCCUGGCGGCUGCCCUACCGAAACCAAGAAUCACAUCCGGAGGACGCAUUGUCAAGGCUGUAACUACGACAUUCACAGCCACAAUGCUGCUCGAAAGAAAGCAGAGAACGAGUCGAAGAAGGCAAAAAUUCCGGCCCUUCCUGUUGUGUUGAAGGCCGCAACAAGGGAGGUUGACAAGCUACGAGUUUUAGGCUGUUCGGUCUCCCUCAUGGUCCAUACCCCCACGGAAGGAAACCAGGCAACUCGUUGGUUCUACGCCUCCGCCGGCGCAAAGGGGGAGGCGUUUACGAACGAGCACAAGAAGUACUUCAGAAAGGCCAUGAAAACGGAGGCUCAGAUUGACGUGAAGGUUGAAGGGGUGGCCGACUCGAAAUCGAAUGUGGAUAGGGCCAAAGAGCACACGCCCCCCGAAGCAACCAAUGCCAAGCCGGCGACCACGUUUAAAUUAUCGCCGAAUCUUGAAGGUCUGGUGAAAGGUUUGGCGGAUCGGUAUCCCGAAGAUGUAAUUGAGACAAUGUUGACAGCUCUUAGGAAGCACUACAUCGAUGAGGAGACGGCCAAAGCUUUGGACAUGGAUGCACUGCAGAAUCUGUUUGGAAAGGACAAGCUUGGCCCAUGUCUCCGAUUCAAGAAUAGUGUAAAGGACUUGUGAAGGACCAUAGUAUCCGUACUUAAGUACAAUGUUAGUUGCAUGGUGUUUGAAGUCGCACACGCGAGCAGGCUUUUACCUUCCAAACACUACAAAUUGACCGGGUUCAGUACCCAUAAAGUUGCAAUUGUACAUUUGUCCGCGCUUGCCUUGCCAUAAUGAUGCAUGCCA